AUGAGAAAUGUACCCGAUACGGCGUCCUCAACCCGAAGGUUCAUUAACGAAACGUUGAUUUGUUGUGACAACCCACGAACUGCGAUACAAAUUUCGGCUGCCGCCACGGCAACUGUCGUCAUGCCGCAACUCACUAGAUCUGAUCAAGCCAUUCCAUGCACUGGAAGCCAGACUGGGGUAUAUUUGUACUCUAACUACUCCACUGGACAACGAGCAAUAAGCCAUUUUUCGAUGCCUCUCCACAAGGCGCCGAAAUUCGGAUCGCGACUGAUCCCACUCCCUCGGUCUGUCCAACCCCCCCGCCCUGCCCGGAUCACAGCCAAGCUGCCGUUGGUCAACUCGGGCAGCCUCUACUCGCUCCAUCACCGCUUCAUCGAGAUGCUCAAGAGCCACUGUUGCUCGUCCGUCAGUCUGGCCGCGUCGGGAGCCCAGGCCGCAGUACCGGUUGACGGUUCAAGCCUGAGCCCCGCCUUCCCGGCCGGUCUCAAUCCGGCCUGUCUGUUGGCUCGAGUCGACGCCGGAAAGGCCGACGAGUUGGUCCGGUUGGCAUUCGCGAGGGUCGACUCAACCUACUUUUCCAGAGUUUUCGCCCAAAAAGACGCCAUCCGCCACCUGACACGCACCCACCUCGUCCAGCCGCUCGCCCACAUGCGCCACACCUCGCCCGGCGGCCACACCGCCCCGGACUGGCUGGCCGAAGUGCUCGACUUGAACCGUCUGGCCGACUAA